UCCAUUGGCACCCCUCCUCAGUCUUUCUGAGAUUGGCUCCUCCAAUCUGUGGGUGCCUUCUGUCUACUGUUCAAGCCAGGCCUGCCUGAGCCAUGAUCGGUUCAACCCUCAGAAUUCAAGCACUUUCCAGAGCACCAGUGAGGCUCUUUCCAUUGCAUAUGGCACUGGCAGCAUGACCGGUGUCCUGGGAUACGACACUGUGACGGUUGGUGAACUUGCAGUUCAGAAUCGGAUCUUUGGACUGAGUGAGACUGAGGCUACCUUCAUGACUCCCGACGGCAUCAUGGGUCUGGCCUACCAGUCCAUUUCCUCCGAUAGUGCCACCCCUGUCUUUGACAACAUGGUGAGCCAGGGCCUGGUCUCCCAGGAUGUCUUCCCAGUCUACCUGAGCAGCGAUGAUGAGCAGGGCAGCAUGUUGUUCCUGGGUGAGAUUGACAGCUCCUACUACACUGGCAGCAUCUACUGGAUCCCUCUGUCCUCUGAGAGCUACUACCAGAUCACCAUGGACAGUGUCACCAUCAAUGCAGAGGUUGUUGGUUGCUCUGGUGGUUGCCAGGGUAUUGUAGAUACUGGGACCUCCCUUAUUGUUGGACCAAGUAGUGCCAUCAGCAACUUGAAUGCCUAUCUCGGUGCUGAGCAGGACGAAAACGGAGAUUACAUUGUGAGCUGCAGCAGCGUCCAGAGCAUGCCAUCAGUUACUUUCACCCUUAACGGCUAUGCCUUCUCCAUCCCUGCUUCAUCCUUCGUCACUCGGAGCUACUACGGAUGCCAGACAGGUUUCUCAGGCGGUGACUUUGGAACCAGCUUCUCCUGGAUCCUGGGUGAUGUUUUCAUCAGGAACUGGUACACCAUCUUCAACAGGCAGACCAGCAGUGUGGGUCUGGCUCAGCUCGCCCAAUCAUAAAUGGCAACAUCAAAAGAAUUUUCAACCUAUGUUCUGCUUUUGGUGAGCUAAGAAGCAACACAUGUAAUAAGAAACUCUAUUAUGCAAUAAAACAAAUAAUUGAGCAUCAGAAAUGAUGCUUGCUCUUG